GAGGUCACUGGGGUGGGGGGAGGGAAGUACCCUUGGCAUUGGCAGAGCUGGAAGGUCUGUGCAAGCUGGCUCCUGCUGGGGAAUCAAUAAAGGAGGCAGAGCAACGCUUUUAUUUUUUUCGCCGUGGCCAGGGCAGGGUUCUGUCGGGGCUCUAUCGCCAAUGGAGCAGGGGUCCACCUGGGGCCUAGGACGCCUGCAGAUAGCCCUCUCUUAGCCCCAACGGCCGCGAGCUUCAACGCUCCCCGGCUCCCUCGCUCUGCAGGGUCUUCCCGGUACCGGCAGGCCGCGGCGGGAGCUGCUUUCGCUCUUAACCUUGCAGGUGCGUGUGCCGCGGGCGCCCGGGGCAGGCAGGACGCAGACGAGGAGGCGCCCGCCAUGCCCGGCCUGCGGCUCCCCACCUCGGCUUCCCGUCCGCCGCCCCCGCGGAACGGCCUGCUGCAGCCCCUGUGAGGAGGAAGAGGCGGCGGCGGCGGCGGCGGCGGCGGAGGAGGAGGAGGCGCCGCCCCCUUGGCAAGCUCCCCGACCCGGCGGCCUCGGCAGGACCCAUGGCGGAUUCCUCGCCCGCACUGUCCCUGCGGGAAGGCGGCCCCCGCGCGCCGCGGCCCUCGGCCCCCUCGCCACCGCCGCGCUCGCGCUCCGGCUCCGAGUCCGAGGAGGCCGAGCUGUCGCUGAGCCUGGCCCGCACCAAGACCCGCUCGUACGGCAGCACCGCCAGCGUGCGGGCGCCGCUGGGCGCCGGCGUCAUCGAGCGCCAUGUGGAGCACCGGGUCCGCGCGGGCGACACGCUGCAGGGCAUCGCGCUCAAGUACGGUGUCACGAUGGAGCAGAUUAAAAGGGCCAAUAAACUGUUUACCAAUGAUUGUAUAUUUCUGAAGAAAACUUUGAACAUUCCAGUUAUAUCAGAGAAGCCUUUGUUGUUUAAUGGACUUAACUCCAUUGAUUCUCCAGAAAAUGAAACUGCUGAUAACAGUUUUUCUCAGGAAGAGGAGCCAGUGGUGGCCGGGGAAGACCUCCCUCCUCCCAGUCCUCAAGAAUCUGAUGUUCAGCCUGUGCAGCCUGAGGAAGUGUCAGCCAGAGAUUUCCUGCAGAGACUUGACUUGCAGAUUAAGUUAUCAACACAGGCAGCCAAGAAGCUAAAAGAAGAGAGCAGAGAUGAAGAAAGUCCCUAUGCAACUUCCCUCUAUCACAGUUAGGUGAUUUGGGGGCAUAACUCUAACCAAAAUUAAGAUAUGUUUGGACCAUAAAGAAUCCAACAACUGAAGAUUCAAAAACAUCCCUUCUGGAUUCCUAUAGUGUCCAUCUUAAAAUCAUAACUAGGUAGUUCUACCUGCUGCAAUUGCACUGAAGUGAUUAGUUCCCUCUGGCUUUCUAUAAUUUUAAGUCUUUAUUAUGGCAUGAUGGCAAGGUUGUAGCCUAAAGCUCAUCACUUUUGUAGGUGGUGUUAGUUUUUAGACUAGCUUUUAUAAAUACUAAUUGACAUAAAGCAUCAAAGACUAUUUAUAUAUUUAGGCUAAAAAUAAUGUUUAUCUCCUUAUGCAAUCCUGAUUAUGUGAAAAUAUGGUUGCUGUUUAAGUGAUGCUGAAUUUGCUGUGUGUUUAUAACUUAAGUGCUAUAUAUAUAUUUCGACAUGUCUUACAUAUUCUCUAUUAAUAUAAAGAACCAAAUUUUGUCUGCUAUUUUGUAAAAAUAAACUACAAAAGCCUGAAUGAGAAAAUAAACUAUGUUUUCAAA